AUGGCGAACGGAUUGGCUCCGUCCCUCGCCCUCAGCCUAACGGCUGCAACCACGGCGACCUCACCCUCUACGCGCCUCUCGUCAACCGCUUUAUCCGCCGUUGCUUCUUCCUCCCCGCCCCUCCUCCCCCCGACUCCUUCAACUAUGGCGGGGUGGAUCGGUUGGGUUUUGACCUUUGCCUUUCAGGUUGUCCCCCGCGGCCUGUACUGGCUCAUUACCUUCUCGACUAUCACGGUUCCUACAUGGCUCUUCACGCUUUUCUCCAUGAGUUUGACUUUCACCAUGAAUUUCACCACCCUCAUGUUGAUCGUCCUGGUCCUGGUCUCGACCGUCAGCUGGUUUAUUCGAUACCGGUUCUUGAACAUGUACAGCCGUUUACCUCCGGAGCCCCAACGCAAAGAAGCUCAGAUAGAUCUCUUCCCCGAUAUCCAAGAAGGCGACUCCAAGCCCGGUCUGGCCAACUACCUCGAUGAAUUCCUCAGCGCCAUCAAGGUGUUCGGCUAUCUCGAGCGGCCGGUCUUCCACGAGUUGACGCGGACUAUGCAGACGAGAAAGCUAAUUGCCGGAGAAACUCUCAUGCUGGAAGAAGAAAAAGGCUUUUGCUUAGUGGUGGACGGACUGGUUCAGAUCUUCGUCAAGUCGACCCGGGAGGGAAAGACGACUGCGGAGGAGGACCUACACUUGGACGACGUCACGUCUGACGAAGAGGGAGAUCCCUUGCACGGCCGGCAGGGCUACCAGCUACUGACAGAGGUAAAGAAUGGCGCGUCCAUGUCGUCUUUGUUCUCCAUCCUGUCGCUGUUCACCGAGGAUAUUCAACUCCGCACAUCGCGGAGCUCCAGUUCCAGCACCUCUAGUGUGGAGCCCAUGAACGCUCGAGCUCCUGAAUCUAUACCUGUCAGCCCUAGCGUUGGGGUUAUUGACAGCCCCCCGACCACUGCGAGAGAUCUUGGCUCACCGACGCCUACCAAUGGCCAUCCAGUCUCUCUACCGUUCGUCCCUCCACUGCACCUCGGAGAAAGCCACAGCAUGCCCCAUCGCCAUCCACAGCCGGAGAUCAGACAAAAUAAGAGACGCAAAAAGUCGGUCCACCCAGACAUCGUCGCCCGUGCUACAGUGGAUACGACUAUUGCCAUCAUCCCUGCCAGUGCUUUCCGCCGUCUAACCCGGGUUUACCCACGAGCGACGGCCCAUAUUGUACAGGUUAUCUUGACGCGCCUUCAACGCGUAACAUUCGCAACGGCCCACUCCUACUUGGGCUUGACCACAGACGUUCUGGGUAUCGAGAAGCAGAUGACCAAGUUCACCAGCUGGGAUCUGCCCAACGACCUUCGAGGAAGCGCCCUUGAUCGUCUCAAGGAUAAAUUUAUGCGAGAGCGAGACCGCCUUGGUCCGGAGGAAGUUUGCAAGGGUAUUGCCCUUCACAACCCGUCAGCCGGCCGGCGGCGCUCGAGCAGUUCUCUCAAAAAGGAUGCCGUUUUGCAAGCCCGUCUGGCCAGCGAACGCCGGCCUGUUGCCCUUACACCCACAACUCAAAGGCAACCACUACAGCAAUCAAGUGGCUUCAAUGAUCGCGACACUGGCGGAGUUAGUCCUGGUGAUUUGCUUUCUACCAUUCAGCUCUCCCGGUUCGGACCACGAUAUGACCACCUAGGACCGCAAAUUUCAAGUCCCUUGACUGAGCGUGAACGCCCUCUGUUCCGCCCCUCUAACAUGAUGGAUGGCCGGCCGUUGACUUUCCAGCGCAAAGAUUCGAUAGACGAGGACACUCUCUUCCGCGAUUCCAUCCUGGAUUGUAUUAUGAAAGGCAUUGGCUUGACCGAGGGCACCAGCGAUUCUUUGCGAAAGAGUAACAAUGUGUCUGGCGACGCUUCCCCGAGGUUACUUUCCUACGACUCGCGCCGACAGAAGGCCGUUUUCUCCAAUGCAUUCGGGUUCAUCGACCCUUACGAAGGAUCCGCCGAUGGUGAGACCGAGUCUAUGAUGUCCAUGUCUGUGACAAGUGCCGGUGGAACGUCCCCGGUCGUCAAUCUCCGUGAAGACCUACGCUAUGACAUCGAGGUGGUUUACUUCCCUCAGGGCUCGGUUCUUGUCGAGCAGGGCGAGCGUCACCCGGGUCUGUACUACGUGAUUGAUGGUUUCUUGGAUGUAGGUAUUCCGAUCAACGAGCGUGGUGAUGAUUUAGUUGGAACUUCUCGUCCGUCGGGCUCGGCCCAGGAAGAGCUAUUCCCCAAGCUCCGGCGCACCACCACCGGAUCUUCUCGGACUUCGGGCAACGGCACGAGUGACUCCCGCCGCAAACCCCAGUCGCGCAAGUCUCUCUAUUUGAUCAAACCAGGCGGAAUCCACGGAUACGUUGGUGGUCUUGCCUCUUAUCGCUCCUAUACAGACGUCGUUGCUAAGACUGAUGUCUAUGUGGGAUUCCUUCCACGUUCAUCUCUCGAGCGUAUUGCUGAUCGCUACCCUAUUGCCUUGUUGACACUGGGCAAGCGAUUGACUAGUCUGCUGCCACGCCUGCUGCUUCAUAUUGAUUUUGCUCUCGAGUGGGUGCAGGUCAACGCAGGCCAGGUGAUCUACCACCAAGGAGACGAAAGUGACGCAAUCUAUCUGGUUCUCAACGGCCGUCUGAGGUCCGUUCUGGAGGAUUCAAAUGGCAAGAUGUCUGUCAUUAGCGAAUACGGUCAGGGUGAGAGUGUUGGCGAGCUCGAGGUUAUGACAGAGUCUACUCGCCCUGCUACACUUCAUGCUAUUCGUGACACUGAGCUGGCCAAAUUCCCUCGCUCGCUGUUCAAUAGUCUCGCGCAGGAACACCCGGGCAUCACUAUCCAAGUUUCCAAAUUGAUUGCCCAGCGGAUGCGCGAUUUGGUGGAGCACCCCAUGUCUGACAAGGGCCUUGAACAAGGUCAUGUUGGUGGCGUCCAGACUGCGACCUCUACCGUCAACCUCCGCACCGUCGCAAUUCUCCCGGUCACUGCGGGUGUUCCUGUGGUUGAAUUUGGGCAUCGCUUGCUCCAUGCACUGCACCAGAUUGGCGUGACUCGAGGCGUUACUUCCCUCAACCAAGCCGCGAUUUUGAACCAUUUAGGCCGACAUGCGUUUAGCAAGAUGGGAAAACUCAAACUGUCUCAGUACCUGGCUGAUCUUGAGGAGAAGUACGGUCUAGUAUUGUACAUCGCCGACACCAAUGUCAACUCGCCGUGGACGCAGACUUGUAUUGCACAGGCUGACUCCAUCCUGCUGGUUGGCCUCGCUGAAGGGUCUCCUCGGAUCGGUGAAUAUGAGCGUUUCCUACUUGGUAUGAAGACUACAGCACGCAAGGAACUGGUUUUGUUGCAUUCUGAGCGGUACUGCUCCCCCGGUCUGACCCGGCGCUGGCUGAAGAACCGAGUGUGGAUCAAUGGUGGCCAUCACCAUAUCCAAAUGGCUCUCCGUCUGACCGCUGAGCCCUCUAAUCCCCAGACAAAGAAGUUCGGCACAGUAUUGAAGCAGCGCGUUCAAAUCCUGCAAGCUGAGAUCCAGAAGUAUACCUCUCGUCGCAUCCAACAAACGCCUUUAUACUCGCCACAAACUCCGUUCAAGGGUGAUUUCCACCGCCUAGCUCGUCGCUUGUGCGGCAAGUCCGUUGGGCUCGUGCUAGGCGGCGGUGGAGCCCGGGGUAUCUCCCAAGUCGGCGUGAUCAAAGCUCUCGAAGAGGCUGGAAUUCCGAUUGACAUUAUCGGCGGCACAUCUAUUGGAUCUUUCAUCGGUGCUCUAUACGCGCGCGACGCCGACGUCGUCCCCAUGUACGGCCGUGCGAAGAAGUUCUCCGGUCGCAUGGGUAGCAUGUGGCGCUUCGCACUGGACUUGACCUACCCAAGUGUCUCCUACACAACGGGCCACGAGUUCAACCGCGGCAUUUUCAAGACAUUUGGCGAUAGUCAGAUCGAAGACUUCUGGCUCGAGUUCUACUGCAACACGACCAACAUCAGCCGCUCCCGGGCCGAAUACCAUUCCUCCGGCUAUGUCUGGCGGUAUGUGCGCGCAUCUAUGUCGCUGGCCGGUCUCAUUCCUCCCAUUUGCGACGAGGGGAGCAUGCUUCUGGACGGCGGGUACAUCGACAACCUGACCGUGGCACACAUGAAGAGUCUCGGCGCAGACGUGAUCUUCGCUGUGGAUGUCGGCUCAAUCGACGACAACACUCCCCAAGGCUACGGUGACUCGCUUUCUGGAUUCUGGACCGCCUUCAACCGCUGGAACCCCUUCUCUUCGAUCCCGAACCCUCCUAUGCUGUCCGAGAUCCAAGCCCGUCUCGCAUACGUCUCCUCUAUUGACAACCUUGAGCGUGCCAAGAACACCCCCGGCUGUCUGUACAUGCGUCCUCCCAUCGAUCCCUAUGGAACACUGGAUUUCGGCAAGUUUGACGAGAUCUACCAAGUCGGCUAUGCCUAUGGUAAAGAGUUCCUCGACAAGCUGAAGAAUGAAGGGUCUCUCCCGAUCCCCGAGGAGACCGAGGAGAAGCGCAAGUUGCAGCGGACGAUGGCUCCCCGACGAGCCAGUAUAUAA